CCAACCGCUGGUCGGCGCAAUAAGGAAGGGCCCAUACCGGAGUAAGCGUUCCACGGAGUAUUUUCAAGACAACUUGCGGCUUUUACGUUUUAGAUUUUCACAUUAACUACCACCAUGUCAGAAGUCGAAAACCAAUAUAUGGAGAUGUCUGAGAACGGCCACGAGGGCGAAGAGGAUUUAAACGGAGCCGAGCAGUAUGAGGAGGGCAACGAAGACGAACAGGCCGGGGCAGAGGGAGACGCCGCUGACGAAACGGGGAACGACGAAGACCCUCAAAAUGGUGCCACGGACGGUGGGCAGAUCGAUGCAAGCAAAGGGGAAGAAGAUGCGGGGAAAAUGUUUGUGGGGGGACUCAGCUGGGACACUAGUAAAAAGGAUCUUAAAGAUUACUUCUCCAAAUUUGGGGAGGUGACAGACUGCACUAUCAAAAUGGACCCCAACACUGGACGAUCAAGGGGAUUUGGGUUUAUUCUUUUCAAAGAAUCCGCUAGUGUAGAUAAGGUUUUAGAACAAAAAGAACACAGAUUAGACGGAAGGCAGAUCGACCCCAAGAAAGCAAUGGCGAUGAAAAAGGAACCAGUGAAGAAGAUCUUUGUUGGCGGGUUGAACCCUGAAACUACAGAAGAGAGGAUUCGGGAGUACUUUGACGCCUUUGGAGAGAUCGAGACCAUUGAGCUUCCAAUGGACCCAAAGACGAAUAAAAGGAGAGGAUUUGUCUUCAUAACAUUUAAGGAAGAAGAACCUAUCAAGAAGAUUCUUGAAAAGAAAUUUCACAACGUCAGCGGAACCAAGGACCCAAGUGGAAAAGAAGGCCUUUGUGAGAUUAAGAUUGCACAACCUAAGGAGGUGUACCAGCAACAGCAGUAUGGAGGAGGUCGCUUUGGGGGCAGAGGAAGGGGGCGCGGAGGCCAAGGUCAAAAUUGGAAUCAGGGCUACAAUAACUACUGGAAUCAAGGCUACGGUAACCAAGGCUACGGCUAUGGUGGGCAGCAGGGUUACGGUGGAUAUGGCGGCUAUGGCAACUACGACUAUUCUGCAGGCUACUAUGGUGGAUACGGCAGCGGAUAUGACUACCACCAGGGAAAUACAAGCUAUGGAAAAACUCCGAGACGUGGGGCUCACCAGAGUAGCUACAAGCCAUACUGAUCAUGUGUAGUGCAGGUCGCAAAACUACAGAACCGGAACCAGCGAUCUGGUCGCAGUGAGCAUUGGGGUCUUUUACUUUUGGAAGUUGGCAGAAUCUGGACUUCUGCUUCAUUUUGUACAGAAAACAAAGAACUGGGGGGAGCAAAUGUCACUUCACUUUUGUUUUAUAAUUUUUUUUGUCCUUUUUACAUUUCCAGAGAUGGAAGUGUUAUUUUUUUACUGUACUUUUUGGUACCUUUUGAAUCUAAUGUAUUGUAUGGUUGUAUUUUACAUCUUGGCUGUGUACCACAUCUAGGCUCCGAGCUCUCAAACUGCUUUCAAAAUAAAAGGUUUGGUUAAUUUUUCCUUUUGGUGUUUUUAGAUUAUAUUUUUUUCUCUUUGUCACCCGUACUAUGUGUUGCAAAAUUGCAUGGCUUAAAGGUGAGAUGAAAGGAUGUUUUUUUUCUUUUGAAGAUUGUAAGCUUGUCCUUUAAAAUCUGUUAGCGACAAGUUCUUAAGAAAUUUGACUUUUUGUUUGUUCCUCUACUGCUUUUAAGGAAAUUUUCUCCUGUCUUGUUAGAUAUUUAAAAAGUGGCUUUAAUAGUGAUUAAACUAUUACCUCAAAACAUACACAGGUGACUGUAACAGGAUUCUUAAAACACUGGAAAUGCAUUCCUCCAGUGUCUUGGACAAAAUUUCAAGAAAUAAACAUGAUUUUUAAGA